AAAAAAAAUAAAAAAAAAAUCGAUAGAAAAUCAGAGAGGAGGACCGGUUGGAGGAGGUUGUGGUGGAAAAGAGAGAGAGAGAGAGCGGCCAUGGAAACUGCUAUGUGCGGUCGAGUCCCUCUUUCACCGAACCACGUCUUCAACCCUACCAAACCUGGGGAUAAGUACUCUGCUUACAAGCAAUGCACGAACCGGAGCGUUUUGAUGACAGUAUCCGCCGCUGGGCUAGGGAAAGGUGGCGGCUUACUGGAGAAGCCUACCAUUGAGAAGACGACACCUGGCCGUGAAUCUGAGUUCGACUUGAGAAAAUCAAGGAAAAUGUCGCCACCUUACCGUGUUCUGCUGCAUAACGACAACUUCAACAAGCGGGAGUAUGUUGUCCAAGUGUUAAUGAAGGUCAUCCCUGGAAUGAGCCUCGACAAUGCAGUUAAUAUCAUGCAAGAGGCUCAUUAUAAUGGCCUGGCUGUGGUAAUUAUCUGUGCCCAAGUUGAUGCAGAGGAGCAUUGUAUGCAACUGAGAGGAAAUGGUCUUUUGAGUUCAAUUGAGCCUGCCAGUGGUGGCUGUGAGUAAUCUCAUAUUGUCAGAAAAAUGCAUGUCUUUUGCAACAGUUUUAAUCCAUUUCUUGUGCUAGAAUUCUGCUCAUAUGUACAUAUAAACUCGAAAAGUUCAUAUUAAUAUGAACCUUUGUUACCAAGUUAAGACAUGUCUACAACUAUAGAGAUGGACGGUUAUCAGUUUGCGUGCAUUGUAUCCAAAUUUGUUUACCAAGACCGUUAUCAUCUUUACCAUCUCUUUCCUCCAUGGGAUUCUUCUUUACCAAGUUAUAGCCUUAUAAGGACAUGUUCGAGUUGAUUUUACUUUUUUCUCA